AUGAAAAGGUUAAAGUACUCACAGUCAAGAUUUUCACCGUCGAUACAGCCACCUUUCGUGCAUGGUUUUUCUCUUGUGAGUACAUUUUUUUUAAUCUUAAAGUGUGAAAAGGCAUUACUCUUCUCUCUCUAUCUCUCUCUCUCUCUCUCUCUCACACACACACACACACACACACACACUUUCUCUUUUUCUCAUUUUUUUCUUUCUCUUUCGUCUCCUUUCCCGAUCUCUCCCUUUCUCUAUCUUUUUUACUCAUCCCUUCUCUCAUUCUCUCUCUUUCUCGUUUUUUCUUUUUUUUUUCUUCCUCUCUCCCUUCUCGCUUAUUUUUCUUUCUUGUUCUUUCUUUUUCUUUCUUUCUUUCUUUCUUUCUUUCUUUUCCCCCUUAUUUCUCUCUCAUUCUUUCUGUGUCCUUUCUUUCUUUUUCCCUUCUCUCUCUUUCUCUUUCUCGUUCUUUCUCUUGCUUUCUUAAUCAUCCCCUUUCUGUCUCUCUCUGUCUCUGUCUCUCUCUCUCUCUCUCUCUCUAUCUAUCUAUCUAUCUAUCUAUCUAUCUAUCUAUCUAUCUAUCUCAUUCUUUCUCUUUCCUUCUUACUCGUCCGUUUCUCUUUCUCUUUCUCGUUUUCUCUCUUGUUCGUUCUUUCUCUUUCUUCCUUACUUGUCCUCUCUUCCAUCGCUCUCUUACUCGUUCUUUUCUUUUCUUUCUCUUCCCUCUUCUUAGUCUCUCUCUCUAUCUCUCUCUGUUUCUAUCUUUCUUUUUUUCUUUCUCUUUCUUUUUUACUCACCCUCCAUCUCUCUCUCCCUCUCUAUUUCUCAUCUUUUAUUUCUCCCCCUUCUCAAUUCCCCAGCCCUAGGAGAGUUUUUCUCCGAAAUAGGAAUGCCCCCCUCUCUCUCUCUCUCUCUCUCUCUCUCUCUCUCUCUCUCUCUCUCUCUCUCUUCUCUCUUUGA